ACUUAUAUUCAAUUUUAAUCACAACAUGAUUCUGGUGAGAAAAAAACCAGCUGCACGCUAUCAGUCAACGGUUGCUGAGAAUAAAAACGGUGAAAGUUUCUUCAGAGCAUUCGACACUUCCAGCAGCACAGCAAUGCGGAAACUCGUCGACUUAUUGAUUACGACAUUAGGCAUUGCCAGUACGGCCGUAGCUCACGAUGAGUACGUUUCGGAAGCAUUUUUAAUAGUGCGGCGAGUGUUGGACCGUUUGGAGCGAGAUACAACAAGACUCCACGAUGUGUUGUGUGUGAAUUGUGAUGAACAGGUGUUUGAGGAUGUUAUAAUCCGGCUGCAAAAAGAGCGGCCUUUCGUAACUAUGAGACGGUUUUCCCUAGUUGCUGGAAGUAGGGUACAGGCACCAACCACGCAUCGGCUUCCGUCGCUGGUUUUACAGAGUUGUACUCCUGAGACACAGUGCCAAUGGGAUGAAACAUUUCGAUUUUCCAACCCAUACAAGUACGCCGUAUAUAUUCAACUAAUUCGUGGACUGCCCAGCUCUAGAAUAAUCUUUCAUGCGAAUGAACUGGUCAGCAGUGGCAUCCUACAGAUACUGCAGUUUAUCGCCCCUUCUGCCAACUUCAGCAACACUAGCAAUGUUCACGUGGUGGGUGCUCUGACGCGCAGAAUGAUAACGGUGCUCAAUGACAGUGAUGCGGAAAAGCAGCUAUUUGAUGGCACUUUAACUAGCUUUAAGAACUUUACGUAUGAAGUAGGCUUUGUGCCAUUGUUUGUUCACUUAUACACCAAGGGUAACACAUUCCACAAUUUGGAAAUUGCCACUUUUUUAACCGUUCUGGAGAAACAAGGUGCAGGGUAUCGUUUUCAUGGUGAAGGUAACUUGCGUGAACUGUUGGGAAAGCUGCUGUCGGGACGCAUGCAUGUCCUGUUAAAUUCCAUUGAAACGUCGGGCAAUUACUUUGAAUUCGCACACUGGAAAGACAUUCAAGAGUACUGCAUUAUUUUACCGCGCCGCUACGAACGGAUGCAUCUGCAGCUCCUGCUAACGCCAUUCAAAUGGCAAAUAUGGAUGAUGAUAGUGCUCAUCCUGGUUGUGAUUCAAAUCAUAAGCCUUCUAUAUCCCGACCGUGUGCCGCGUUACUUAAUACUGAAGUGUUUUUUCGGUGGCGGAGAACCGGAACAUAACCUGGCGACGGGCAAUCGUCUCAUAGUUUGUGUGAUAUGCAUUCUAAUUUUUCUGUUUACCGAAACUUACCAAGCGAUUCUGCUCUCCCUUAUGUCGGCUGACCCGUUCGUGAAGAAUCCUGAGACAAUCGAAGAGUUCAUAGAGCAGAAUCAAACCUUGCUCAUAAUGAAAGGCACACAGUCGGAUAUGCCGAGUAAGUUAAAAAAUCUGCUGCGAGCGGUGGACCGAAUGGAUCUUAAUAUGACGUUAAAAAAUGCUUCAGUCGCCAGCUGCGAUUUGGCACAUUUUCUAAACAAGAACCCUUACGACUGGGAGUUGCCUGUUAAGGCCGAUUUGAUAGUGAUCAAGCCUCGCCUGUAUUAUCGCUUGAAGCACAUUGUUUUUAGCUGGACAUGCCCGGCCGUUAGAGAGUAUCAGCGGUACAUGGAUCUUAUCUACGAUGUUGGACUUUACCAUAAGGAUCAGUUGAAGUGGAUUCCAGAACGGGUGCACAGACGGACGGAACAAUCGUUUAACGAUUUAAUUGUGCUUACGGACGAUCUUAUACCUGUGUGGGAGCUGUUGGGAACGGGCCUGUCGGCAGCUUUUGCCUGUUUUGUAUCCGAGAACCUGGUAUACCGAUUGCAUUACGUUACUCAAAAAGCAAAACGCUUCAAUAAGUAAAUUCGCUUCAAACAAAGCACAAAACCAUCGUAUCAUGCGGUUGUUUAAAAUUCAUUCUGGAUGUAAUGUUGAGUAUUCGAAUAUGUGAAUUCUUCCGUUUGUUCGGGAAAGCAUGAAGCAUAAAACAAAUGAAGUGAACCAUCGUAGAGGUGAAAAAAGGGAUAGAAAUGUAGGUUAAUACAAAAUUUGUAUUGGAAAUGCGUCAUUGAUAACAGCAACAACAUGUUUAUCGUAAUUCCCGUACUCCUUACACGGUUCACUUCAGAACAUCUUGCCGAGUAAACAUUAUUGGCGACUGUCUUCAUCCUGUCGAAUGCAGAAUUUUUUGAAUAAAUUUUGUGCAUGACUGUAAUGCAAAUAUGUGGUACUUAGAAAAUGAUAACAGAGCAUGGAGUUUGCUGUUUAGAGCCUCAGGGAACAAAAACCCUGCGUUUAUUUUUUUACCCUUAACGGUGAAUAGUAAUGAUAUGAUGUAUAUUGGUGUACUUUAAGCAUGAAACAAAUAAACAUUGUCAAGUUGCGCUGCUCUACUUCGAUCCUCAGCAU